AGGAUUGUGGCGCCGGCCUAGGGUUUUGACCCUUCUCCUGGCCGGCGGCCGCUCUUGCAUGCCCUCACGAUGGGGACAGAGCGGACUCGCUACGACUCGGCGCUAGCGCUUUACCAUCUGAUACAGAGCAAUCAGUCGAAACAGAUAAAGAUGGGAGCUGCUGCGGCGCCGGUGGGGAUGCGGAACGGGGGCGAAUUGGCCGGUAUAGUGGUUCUGGUGGUGUCUAAUUUGGCGGUGUGUGCCGAGGGUAAGGCAGCUCUGUUGGACGCCCAAGCGGUGGAGACGGUGGUGGGGUGGCUGAGGCACGGCAACGAGUUGGAUGACGCCACGCAGGAGAAUUCUCUGUAUUCAAUGACUCAGGGGUGUUUGAAGUUCAAGGGAAUGGCCAGAAACGCCAUACCGGCCAAUAUAGCUUGGGAUCUGACAGUGCAUACCUGCCGGACAUAAAAUUUUGGCAAUCUUGAAGCAAGUGUGUUUAAUGGAAGGGACUUCAAAUUUUCAAUGGAUAGAUUUUUCCAAUUUUGGUCAAUUCAGUAGUUUGUGGUGGGGUAGAAGAUGAAGAUCUUUGGAAACUUUUUCUCAGCAAAAAGAGCCGAGCUCCGGGUGCAGCGACUGAAGGGAUCUAAUUUGGGAAAAGUUUUUUUAAACAAAUCAAACAAAAUCUUUUAAAAAUCUGUCAAUAAAAUACGUCACAAUCU